CCCAUCGGAAGACACCAAUAAUUGCAGCGGAAACCUCGUUUAUUUCUAAUAUGAUGUAUUUCUCUUCGCACAGGCCUCUUUUAUUAAGGUGAUUUCCGCUCUUGACGUGAGAAGAAUGGCCGAGGGGCGAUUGGAAGCGUUUGUUCAUGCAAAUGAGAGGGCAAGCCCGAGCGUGAACCAGACUCAAACGCCCCAGUCGAAAAUGGACUUCAUGUGGGAGACACCGGCAAACGGUAGCGCGAUGGAGCUAGACCUCUUCCCCUCCGCAUUGGAGUCCACGGUGUUACCCAUACUCUACUGCUUCCUGUGCGCAUUCGGACUUUCAGGGAAUGUGCUCGUCAUAUACGUGGUGUCCAAUUUCUCCAAGAUGAGAACAGUUGCCAACGUGUACUUGCUGAACCUCGCCGUUGCAGACGUCCUGUUCCUCUUGGUCUUACCCUUCUUGGCAACGGACGUUAUUCUCAUGGCGUGGCCUUUCGGGGACUUCAUGUGCCGAAGCGUCGUCCUGGCCACGAAUAUCAACGGAUUCGCCAGCUUCUUCUCCCUGGCGGUUCUCAGCGUCGACCGGUACUACGCGACGGUCCAGCCGCUGCAGUCGCUUCAACACCGCACCGUCAGCAAGGCCCGCUGGGUGUCUGUUGGAGUGUGGACUGUAGCCCUGGUCCUGGUGUGCCCCUUCAUCGUGUUCGCGAGGACGGCGAAGGAUACGAGUGGCGCUGAACACUGCAUCGUCGACUGGCCCGGCACGAUUGACGACCCCACCUUCGGUAGCCAAUUAGCCGUCACUUACUCCUUCGUGCUGGGGUUUGCCGUCCCGCUUCUCUUCAUCGCCGUGUGCUACACGCUCAUCAUCUUCCGCCUGCGGGCCAAGGGCCCGAUCCCCCCGAACGGAGUGGCGGCGCGCUCCCGUAACAAGAUCACGGUGAUGGUGUGCGCGGUGGUGCUGGCCUUCACCAUCUGCUGGUUGCCGUACCACAUCUUCAACAUCGUCCGGAUCAGCAUCGGCAUGGACGUGUCUCUGUCCGUCAGACAGACCGCUCUGGUCGUCAACCUGCUGGCCUUCUGCAACAGCGCCAUCAACCCACUCAUCUACCACUGUCUCGGCGAGAACUUCAGAAAGGGAUUUCGUAGAGUCUGCCUGCCCUACUCUAGUAACGCCUCUCGGAAAUCUACCAGAAGGACGGCUCAGACAUCCCUAUCAUCGAUACCUCGGCAACAGGUCGGCGAUACAGAGCUGAACAGCCUCGCCUUCUCCCUGUUCCGAAGACCGAUGGCCAAGAUGACGUUCCCCGGUAAACCACCCGGUGGGGACAACAAGACCUCAAGCCGCCCGUCCAGAGUCCGUAGGCGGGGAGGCGUGAGGUGGAGCCCGCAAAUGGAGCCGACUACAACCGAAAGCAGCAAGGACAAUCCUCAAAGUGAACAGGCUAGUCUAAAAAUCACCCAAGGCAUCGAAGUCGACGAACCUUCGGCGCCCAGUUCGACAGCAUCGCCGAGAAGAAGUAGAGACAGCGACGGGAGACAGGAAGAAAUAACCGCCUACAACACGACAACAACACGGAGCACAGACUACCAACAUCACGACCACAGCGACCGAGGUUCGAGACGGUCUCACACCAGAAAGACGUGCCCAAGACUCUCUUUAUGUUUUCCACGAAAGACUCGUAGAUUUCAUGUCGCUUCUUGGAAGCAUACUCCCGACAAAACUGCAGGAGAAUCCCUUGCGAAGCUGACAAAAUUCAGAGUGGUAAACUAUAGAGAGCAGUGGGUUUGAAAUUAAUGUCACAUCUCAAGUGAAAGCUUAUAGCUGGCUAUGAUCAUUAAUCACAAGUAAUAACAUAUAUACCUGCUAGCACUUUAG